AAAAGGUGUGUGUGAUUUUGUUGAUUCUUCAGUGCCUCUACAAUUACCACUCGGAUGCACUGGCUCCUUUCCUUCAUAUCACGAAGUUGCUGAUGAAGAAUGUCGUUGACGAUAGACACAACAAAUGAAAAUAUCGUUAUGAAUGGUACGACCAAUAACACUACGACUUCUUGUUGGUUGGAAUUAAUUCAGUUCGUUGAUAAAGUAGAAGAAGUACUUAGGUGGUCGCAUUCACGAAAAUGCCAGAUCCUCAACCAGGAAGUCACCACCCUUCGCUGCCAAGCGGAGCUUCGUUGCGACCGUUCGGAGCAAAUUUGUUGCCCCCUUUCGGCACCGGACUGGCAGGGAGCGGACCUGGAGCUACUUCUAGAGCCUCUGUAGUUGCGAAUCCGCUCGACCUCACGCAAAUGGACGCGGGGAGCGCCACUGCUUCCAGAAGACCUGUUGACAAGAAAAAAUUCCAGAAGAGGGCGAAACCAUGGGCAGAAAAGUAUCGACCAAAAGAGCUGCGGAGCAUCGUGCAUAGCGCCGCGACAGAGCGCACGUUCGCACGAAUGUUGGCGUCACCUGCGAAGACUCCGCAUUUGCUACUCCACGGUCCGCCUGGUGUCGGGAAAACGACGACUGCUUGGGCAUUCCUUUACGAGCUAUUCGGUCCGAUAGCAGCGAGAAAACACGUGAAAGCAAUGAAUUCAUCCCAGGAUCGCGGAGUUCGAGUCAUACGUGAGGAGGUCAAGACUUACUGCAGGAAUGACGUCUAUCAGGAGGACGACGAGCCAGACAAAUAUCUUAUGGAGCAUUUGACUGAUGACUUGACAGUUACUCGAGCUACAAGGACACUAUAAGCACAUCGCCUGUAAGAAUGGGUGCUGCCGCAUUUGCAUUCCUGAUGAUUAUGAUCAUUUUGUUUCAGUUUCUGCUCCUUUUCGAUCGUAUUCGUUAUGCUUAUGUUCUAAUUGUUCUAGUCCGUGUUUGAAGUUCGUGCUUUUGGACGAGGCUGAUGCGCUGACGUUUGAGGCGCAGGCCGCGUUGCGACGGGUGAUGGAAGAGCACAGUGGUCACGCCAGAUUCAUUCUUUGUUGCAACUAUGUCAACAAGAUCAUUGAGCCAAUUCAGUCGCGAUGUGCCUUAAUCCGCUUCCAGCCGUUGGACGACAGCCAGCAUCGCGAACACUUACGGGGAAUCUGCGAAGCCGAGAAUUUGCUGGUCGCCGAUGAAGGUCUAGACGUCUUGCUUGCGCUCAGCGAGGGCGACUGUCGACGGGCAAUCACAUUGUUGCAGAGCACAUGUGCGAGUCUGGUGAAUCCGGCUUCCAGACUGAGCAGCGCUGACGCGAGCUUGCAGCUGAAAAAGAAAAUAUCAAGAAACGAUAUACUGCGACUCGGUAACGCCCUUCCAGACGAAAGUGUCGAAAAAAUUGUGGACCACAUACUGUGCAGCCAAACAGUGGAGGAUGUACUACUUACUUACAGCUAGUACUUACAACGACAUCACUCACGUUGAGCCUGCGUUCCUAAAUCAAUUUCUAGUGCGUGUAAUGUUAACCUAUUCUUAAGCUAUUCAAGCAAGUGCUGCGGAAGCAGCCGCUUGGAGGACGCGAAUCUGGUGAGCAUUGGGAAAGCACGUUCGGAAGCUCCUACUUGGACCGAGGGAAGCCAAAGAAGAAACUCAAAAAGGCCCCGCCGGAUGCUCCAGACGACCCGCAGGCAGACGCCGACGUUUUGUGCUGCAGGGUCAGCUAUCUUUUUACUUUUUCUGGCCGUGUCGGUUGUCGGGUGGCGUGUGCUGUUAAGGAAGAACAGCGGGAGACGAGGUGCGGAGUUUCUCACCUCUGACCCCCUCCAGCGUCUCGGUUUGCCCGCCUUUUUGUUUCUGUUCUUUUUUUCUUGAGUGAUCAUCCCAUUUAUGACGUUUUUGCUUAUGCCCUCCUUUGUCCUUGCUGCUCCUCUGAUAGUAGCUUGAACUUGAUUGGAUGCACAGGUAAUCUACCUCUAGAUGUUGAGAAGUAGUUGCGUGAUCAUUUGCACUGUUCUCUCCGCUUCAGAGCUUAUUUAAGACAUGCAUUCGUUAUUUGUCAUAUCGUUAGUCGUCAAACUACCCUGUAUAAUUAAGCGUUUUUUAGUGACGCGCAUAGACUCCCAUAUCAUAGACACUAUUGCUCUUCUAUUUAUCAGGUAGAACAGGAUGCUGAAUCGCUACUGCGAGAAGCGUAUGCACCAGCGGCCGUUGUCGGACCUCUUCGGGAUGCUCUUUUGGACCGCGCGACUCUGACGGAUUUCCAGUGCAGCAAAGCAGCGACACUUAUCGCAGAAGUUGAUGGGAUGAUAGGCGCGGGAACACCAGCAGAGUGCAUUUUGCCUUACCUGCUGGUCUCCUUGUUCGCAAUCGCGCGCAGUCCGAAGGACACAGAUGCGCAAGAAGACCAUGCCGAGAAACACCUUCUCUACAGCAUAGGGCAAUUACAGGAGUAUCCACAUGAAGAGCACUGGGGAAAGCUGUAUUGGUGAGAUGGCUUAUGAUGCUCAAAACUGAUGAGGAAAGCGAAAGUUGCCCUAUUGUAAUUCCUAUGGCUACAACUUCUGUGUCCCGCCUUCAACAUCUAUGCAGCAUGUCAUGAUUUAACGGAUCCGACAAUCCCGACAUUGAAUUUUGCGCAUCGAGAUCGACAUCUUGAUUUCAUAGUAGCUAACAAUGAAUACAAAGAAUCGACUUGUCAGAACCGCUGACUAUGUAGAAUCAAUUGACGAUUGUCGUCCUGGUUCUUGUGCUGGGCUACCCAAGUAAGAUCUAUCUCGCGUACAUCAAAC